UUGGCGGAAACCAGCGACGAAGAAAAAGGAAGCAGUUCCUUUAUAGCGGCAAUGAAAGGACAGCGUGCUAUCUCCAGUUUGAACUAAAUAUAAGUGUUCACAAGCGGGGGGAAAUUCAAGACGCCAAAAAACACAGUCUACGUUUAGGAGGGCACUGUUAGGACUGCGUUUGGAACAUGUCUUUGGUUUGUGCAAUUUGCAACGAGGUGCCGGAGCACCCGUGCAUCUCCCCGGUGUCCAAUCAUGUGUUUGAGCGGAGGCUGAUAGAGAAGUACAUCGCCGAGAAUGGGACGGACCCGAUGAACGGACAGCCGCUGUCCGAGGAGCAGCUGGUGGACAUCAAAGUGACCCACCCCAUCAGACCAAAGGCGCCAUCAGCAACAAGCAUCCCAGCUAUUCUCAAGUCUCUUCAAGAUGAGUGGGAUGCCGUCAUGCUUCACAGCUUCACCUUGCGGCAGCAACUGCAGACUACUCGCCAGGAACUCUCUCACGCCCUUUAUCAACACGACGCAGCCUGCAGAGUCAUCGCUCGACUCAACAAGGAGGUCACGGCUGCUAGAGAAGCUCUGGCCACACUUAAACCUCAAGCUGGACUGGUGACCCCUCAGGCUGCCCCCGCCUCUCAGCCUGCUGCAGCAGGUGCUGGUGGAGAGCCUAUGGAGAUCAGUGAACAGGUGGGAAUGACUCCAGAGAUCAUCCAGAAGCUGCAAGACAAGGCUACUAUUCUCACCACAGAGAGGAAAAAGAGGGGAAAAACUGUUCCAGAGGAGCUGGUUAGAGCCGAGGAUCUCAGCAAGUACCGCCAAGUGGCCUCCCACGCUGGUCUUCACAGCGCCAGUGUGCCUGGUAUUCUGUCCCUGGACGUGUGUCCCUCAGACACCAGCAAAGUGCUCACUGGUGGAGCUGAUAAGAGUGUGGUGGUGUUUGACAAGAACGAGGAGCAGAUUGUGGCGACUCUUAAAGGCCACACCAAAAAGGUCACCUCUGUCAUUUUCCAUCCAUCUCAGUCUAUGGUCUUCUCUGCCUCUCCUGAUGCCACCAUCCGUGUGUGGUCUGUUACCGGGGGCAACUGCAUCCAGGUGGUGCGUGCCCACGAAGCCAGCGUCACCGGUCUGUCCCUUCAUGCUACUGGAGACUACCUGCUCAGCUCCUCUGAGGAUCAGUACUGGGCCUUUUCUGACAUCCAGACUGGCAGAGUCCUCACCAAAGUCACAGAUGAAAGUGCCGGCUGUGCUCUCACCUGUGCUCAGUUCCACCCUGAUGGUCUCAUUUUUGGCACCGGUACGGCUGAUUCCCAGAUUAAAAUUUGGGAUCUGAAGGAGCGCACCAACGUGGCAAACUUCCCGGGUCAUUCUGGACCCGUCACCUCCAUCGCCUUCUCUGAGAAUGGUUACUACCUGGCCACAGGUGCUCAGGACAGCUCCGUGAAACUGUGGGAUCUGAGGAAGCUGAAGAACUUCAAGACCAUCUCUCUGGACAAUAACUACGAGGUGAAAUCUCUCGUGUUCGAUCAGAGCGGUACCUACCUGGCUGUAGGAGGGUCCGACAUCCGCGUCUACAUCUGCAAGCAGUGGUCUGAGGUUCUCAACUUCACAGACCACACAGGGCUGGUGACGGGAGUGGCCUUUGGAGAAAAUGCUAAGUUCCUGACGUCUGCAGGGAUGGACAGAAGUCUCCGAUUUUACAGUUUGUAGAAAAGCAGAGGAGAAGAGGACAUCUGCGUGGAGGAGGAAAUGGUUUGUUUUAACCGGGCAGUUGCUUUGCUGGUCACUGUCAUCUUUAGAAAAAAAUAAACCAUUAACCGUUUUCUUCUAUUGUGUUUUAUUCUUGUCCCGAAAAUCUGUCACUUAAAAUCGUCUGCUGUUUGAAACCACAGCAGAGGGGAUAAAAUAACACCUGCUGGCUUCGUGACUAAAUGUGAGAUGAAAACAGGAGCCAGCCGUUAAGUUCCUGUCCUGUUAUAAUUUGGCUGUAGUGUUUUACUUAAUCUGUAUGUGUGUGUGUGUGUGUGAGGGGUCUUCAGUUGCUUGUACUACAUCUGCUGUGGUUCUAUUACAAAGAAAAGACACAAUCUACUUUGCUUCUUAAUGUUGACCAGCUUCAGUACCGUAUCUUUAGGGUCAGAUGGAGAUUAACCUGUAGUGAUCUACAGGAGAACAGGUAUUAGUAGAUUUGUUCACUUCUGGUGAAAUGCUUGUUUAGCCUUCCUUUGCUGUCAUUUCCCUGUUUGUUUGUUUUUUCCAUUUAAACUUUUUUCCUAACUGUAUAUUUUUCAUCACUUCCUGUUGUACCUGAUGCAUUUCUGCCUUUGAUUAUAAAAUAAAAUAUCUUUUUCAAAUGA